AUGGCUGACGAUGAGGAGCGCGCGGCUGAGCUGAAGAAGAAGCGCUCCUUCCGCAAGUUUUCCUUCCGCGGGAUUGACCUCGACCAGAUGCUCGACCUCUCAACGGAGCAGCUGAUGGACAUCCUGCACGCGCGCGCGCGGAGGCGCUUCUCGCGCGGGCUGCUGCUCAAGCGGCCCGUGAAGCAGCUGAAGAAGAAGCUGCUCAAGGCCAAGAAGGAUUGCGGCCCGCACGACAAGCCGGAUCUCUCAAAGAACGCCUUUUCCUCUCCUGGGCCUAUUUUUUUUUUUUUCUUUUUUGCGGACAUGGUCGGCAUGUACCUCGGCCAGUUCUCGAUCACCUACAAGCCGGUCCGUCACGGCAGGCCCGGCAUCGGCGCUACCUCGUCCUCCAAGUUCGUCCCGCUCAAGUAA